AUGCAGGUCUUGUUGGCCUCAGAUAGCAAUUGUGACCGAGCGGCUUGUGCUUUGUGCGUCGGUGUUGGACGGCUACACGAACCGAAGGACAUGCCUGGCUUGGCGCAUUUCUGCGAGCACAUGCUUUUCUUGGGCACAGAGGCCUUUCCCGACGAGGCGGAGUACAAGCGCUUUAUCAAGCGUCACGGCGGGAAGUGCAAUGCUUCCACCGGCGAUGCCCAGACGUGCUACGUCUUCGACGUGGCACCGCUGCAGCUCGCAGGCGCUUUGGACCGCUUCUGCCAAUUCUUCCGAACGCCGCUCUUCACAGAAAGCGCGACCGAGCGCGAGAUCAACGCCGUCGACAGCGAGCAUUCCAUGCGUCUGCAGGACGAUGGCCGCCGGAGCUACGCCGUGCCCGGGCAGCGAGGGAAAUCGGGCGACUUCUUUGUGGCGCGGCGACGAGCCUCGAAAGGCCAGCGAGGUCAUGGGCUGGCCAUGCCUGCGUGGAUUGAUGAGCUUGAGAGAGGAGCCCAAGAAGCGUGGCGUCCAACUCCACAGCGAGGCGACAAUGAGAGCACGAGCGAGGUUGCAGAUGAAGUGAUGGACUGA